AUGUUAUCAUUAACUUAAACUGAUAUCUAAGUAAAUCAGAAUCAUUUAUUUUUUAUAAGAUUCAAUAAGAACCAACAACAAAAUCAGAAAAAUAGAAAAAAAUCAAAUUAAUCAAUAAAUCUGUAAAAUGGACAGAAGAUACCAUUGACAAUGAAAAUACUGGAAAAUUUAAAUUCAAUGGUAUUAUUUCUAUUUAAUUUUAGUUUGUCGACCAUAGUUUAAUCAUUAAUUACAAAAUUGCUAAUAAUCUGAUACAUGUACUAGUGAUGAUGAAUCUAAUGCUAUUGAUAGAGAUAAAAAAUCAAAGCAAAAACAUAAACUAUAUUGUUCUAAACUUAAGUUGAAGUAGAUAUCAUGA